AAUUUCCUUAUUGAUACUCAUUUAAAACUUCUAGCAAAUAAAUUACAUAGAAGGUUGAUUCCAUUCCUGCCGUUGUUGCUUUUCCAAAAAUGUAUUCUACAAGCAUAUUUCUGGUUUUCGUAAUUACGGAAUAUCUGAUUAUUUCUUCAAUUAUUGGAAUAUCAGUCGCCAUUGGACAAGAUGGAAACUAUAGUGAUGGUUAUGUUGGAGAGUCUACAUCAACUUUAGGUCCAGCGUUAUCAGGAAUACCAGUCGCCAUUGAACAGGAUGGAAACUACAGUGAUGAUCAUGUUGAAGAUUCUAACUCAACUUUAGAUCCAGCGUUAUCAGUCGCCAAUGGACAAGAUGGAAACUACAGUGAUGGUCAUACUGGAGAUUCUUCAUCAACUUUAGAUCCAGCGUUAUCAGGUACAUUCGUCGCCAAUGGACAAGAUGGAAACUACAGUGAUGGUCAUACUGGAGAUUCUUCAUCAACUUUAGAUCCAGCGUUAUCAGUCGCCAAUGGACAAGAUGGAAACUACAGUGAUGGUCAUACUGGAGAUUCUUCAUCAACUUUAGAUCCAGCGUUAUCAGGUACAUUCGUCGCUACUGGACAAGAUGGAAACUACAGUGAUGGUCAUACUGGAGAUUCUUCAUCAACUUUAGAUCCAGCGUUAUCAGGUACAUUCGUCGCCAAUGGACAAGAUGGAAACUACAGUGAUGGUCAUACUGGAGAUUCUUCAUCAACUUUAGAUCCAGCGUUAUCAGGUACAUUCGAUACUACGACACCAAACAAGACAAGCACUUACUCCAUGAUCUGGUAUAUUGGCGGCGGUAUUGGAGGCGUUAUCGUGCUCAUCGUCGGAAUCGUCUGUGUUGUCUUCUUUGUACGGAGCCAGAAUCGAGCUAAUGAUUGUUCUCGGUGCAAGGAUGACAGUCGUGGACUUCGGAAGCACCAGUUCAAAAAAUCUGUAUCUGUAACGGAAGGUCAAGUGAAGGAAGAUCAAGAAAACAGUGCUAAUACUAGCCCCAAGAACCUGAACGAACCCUGCGGUGUUGAGCUCGAAUCCUUUCUACCUGUAUCAGAAGUUCAACCAAAGGAAGAUCAAGAAAACAGUGCUAAUGAUGGCUCCAAACCCCUAAACGACAUAAGCGGCGGUGAGAAACACGAGCCCGAAUCCUUUCUACCUGUAUCAGAAGUUAAACCAAAGGAAGAUCAAGAAAACAGUCCUAAUGAUGGCUCCAAUACCCUGAACGACAUAUGCGGCGGUGAGACACACGAGCUCGAAUCAGUUCUACCUGUAGCGGAAGUUCAGUCUAAGGAAGACCAGAAAAACAGUGCUAAUGAUGACUCCAUGAACCUGAACGACAUUUGCGAUAUGCAGCUACACCUUUUCGAAUCAUUUUUACCAAAAGGGGAAGUUCAGGCAAAGGAAGGCCAGAAAGACAGAGCUAAUGAUAGCUCAACCCUGAUGGACAUUUGCAGUAUUGAGAUACCAGAGGGGGAGUACCCUCUACCCGAAGCCGAAGUUCAGACACAGGAAUUCCAAGCCACAAGUGCUAAUGAUGUCCCCAAGCUCGAAUCCUUUCCAUCUGUAGCGGAAGAUCAGACAAAGGUAGGACAAGACAAUAGUGCCAAUGAUAGCCCCAGGAGGCUGAAUGAAUGCGUCGUUGAGACACACCUGAUCGAAUGAUGUUUAUCUUUAGGGGAUUUGCAUACAAGGGAAGACGACCAGAAAAACAGUGGUGACCCUAAAGGACGUUCACAGUCUUGAGAUAAACCAGGACGGGUCUCCUCUAUCCGGAGCCGAAAUUUAGGCAAAUUAUAACCACGAAUAUUUUUAGCUAUGUGCACCUGAAACAGCAAUUAACAUGAAAAUAACCUUUGCACAUUUCGCAUGUUUCAUUUUCUUUUUGAAAAUUGUACAUGUUACAUUUUCCAUUCACCAUUUCCCAUCUGUCAUUUUCUAUUGAAUAUUUCCCAUGUUAUAUUUUGUGCAUGCUAAUCGUUUUUUGUAUUAUGCUAUCAAUGUUACGGAUAUAAACUAGCUAUACAUUAUAGACCAUUAAAUCUAAGAAUGAACCUGUAAAUAAUACAAUAUAUAUUGUUAAAAAAUAGCUAAGCUUAGUAGCUCCGAUGAUUUUUUGAAAUAAUCAAGUAAUACUUAAAUAUUUUGAAUGAUUGCUUUAUAUACUAAGAUAAUGCAAAUUUAUUAAACAAUAAUCUGUUU